CUUAGCAACAAGUUUAUGCUCUAACCUAUUCCUUAAAAUCUAAAAUAAAUAUUGAAUCCUCUCAUGUUUACAAACCUUCUUAAACCAUUUGCUUAAGAGGCCUUACAGUUGUGAAGUCCUCAAAGCUGUUUUUAAGCAUUUCCUCUUACUGCAAAAAUAAAUCCAUCAAGGUUUUGGCCUCAUACAAAGACAACAAAUAUAAGCCUGUAAGUGCCAUAAGAGCCAUAAGAAAUGUCAGAAGCAAUUUAGAAUAAUAAAAAUAGUUUUUUGGACACCCCUUGCUGUGGGGAAUGAGGCUGGACUGGGACUUGGGGACUGAAGAGACAUGGGAGUGCACUUUGUGUAACCUAGUAUUUCCUUCUCCUCUCCCCUGCUAUCCCCAAAGCGGCUCUCACCAUCUUGGCAAGAGUCUCUCGAGCCUUUGCUAGCCAGGAGUUUGCCCAGCUGUUUGGCCCAGGAUUUCACAGAGAAGGAGGAAGCGUUUCUGGCUGAAGCUUCUGUAAAACCACCGCUUCAGCUAUGAAAGCAUUAGCGUCCCUGUGGGGGAAAAAUAAGUAGUUGGAGAGUUUGGGGAGGGCUGAGGGGGAUCAAUGUGACUUUCUAAAGGUCUUGGCCUCUUCGUGAUAAGUAAUCACCCUGGAAUAGAGCUAAUCUAGGAAAAGUGAUGGGAUUAUAAAGACGAUAAGAUCUCCACUUGUAAAAGCACGCGUGAAGUACCAACUCCAUUCCGGUUCUGUGGUUUGAAAAUACGUUCCUCCUAACGGAGCCUUGUGUCGCCCUUGCAGGAUGGUUUGGAAACUUGCCUUGUCCCUUCUUGUGAUGGCAGCGCUGGUUCGAGUAGCGGACGCCAGGAAGAACCGCCCUGCAGGUGCCAUCCCCUCCCCGUACAAAGGCAGCAGCAGCAACCACUCGGAGCGCAGGCAGCAGCUGAACAAGGAGGUGCUGGCCUCCAGCCAGGAGGCCCUGGUGGUCACCGAGAGGAAAUACCUCAAGAGCGACUGGUGCAAGACGCAGCCGCUGCGGCAGACUGUCAGCGAGGAGGGCUGCAUCAGCCGCACCAUCAUCAACCGCUUCUGCUACGGGCAGUGCAACUCCUUCUACAUCCCGCGGCACGUGAAGAAGGAGGAGGAGUCCUUCCAGUCCUGUGCCUUCUGCAAGCCGCACAAGGUCACCUCUUCCACCGUGCAGCUGGAGUGCCCCGAGCUGGACCCACCGUUCCGACUCAAGAAAAUUCAGAAGGUCAAGCAGUGCCGGUGCAUGUCUGUGAAUCUGAACAGCUCAGGCAAACUGUGAGAACAAGCACGUAGCUGCUGCUUGGUGUUGUCUCCAUCAGCUUUACUGCUGCCUCUCCUCUCCCACUGAGCAGACUGGCCAUUUUGUUGGUUUGU